UUGAGUCGGAGAGCCUAUAAGAUUAAACAAGAAGUUCUUCAGCUCUAGAACGAAGGAGCAUUUGAAAAUGUGGCCCAUCCUGCACCUCCACGAGAGAUAUGGUCAACAUUCAAGAAAGGUUUUAAGGAUUUCAAGUCCAGAAUGGCAUACAUGAAUGAGGUGAUAGAGGGUUUGAAGAGGGAACGAGUACGAAUGAUCGGGAUUUGUGGAAUGGGGGGUGUGGGUAAAACCACAAUGGUGAAAGAAAUCAUCGAAAGAUUGGCAAAACUAGACUUGUUUGAUAAAAUUGUAAUGGCAACUGUGUCUCAAAGUCCAAGUAUUAGGAUGAUCCAGUCGGAAAUUGCAGACAAAAUAGGUUUGAAAUUUGAGGAGGAAUCCGAGCCCGGAAGAGCACUAAAGCUACGUGGGAGACUCAUGGAAAUAAAGAGGAUCCUGAUUGUAUUAGAUGAUGUCUGGACAGAGCCUGAUUUUGAGGCUAUAGGACUCCCUUGUGGAGAUGAUCAUGAAGGGUGCAAAGUUUUGUUGACAUCACGAGAUUCGGAAGUCUGCAACAGGAUGGGAAGUCAACAAAUUAUUGCUGUCCCGAUUUUAACAACAGAAGAAUCACAGGAGCUCUUUAGAGAAAUGGUAGGUGAAUCCUUCGAUGAGCCUGAUUUACGUUCCAUUACAAAAGAGGUCGUGCAUGAAUGUGGAGGUUUACCUAUUGCAAUUGUAACUGUUGGAAAAGCCCGAAAAGAAAACAAGCGUGAAUGGGAUGAUGCCCUUAAUCAGCUGCGAAAUUCUACCCCAGUGAACAUCCCUGGAGUGAAUGACAAAGUUUAUUCUUGCAUAAAAUGGAGUUAUGAUAGAUUGGACAGUGAUGAAGCCAGAUCAUGUCUUUUACUUUGUUGUUUAUUUCCAGAAGAUCAUGAUAUUUCAAUUGAGUAUUUGGUUCGAUAUGGGUGGGGUCGAGGAUAUUUUAGCAACAGCUUUACUUUGGAAGAUGCAAGAAAUAGAGUGCAUUCUUUGGUUGACCAACUAAAAAGAAGGUUUUUGUUGCUAGAUAGUGGCGAGGAUAAGUUUACCAAAAAGGUUGACAUGGUUCAGUUUACAAAAAUGCAUGACAUUGUUCGCGAUGUUGCCAUAUCAAUUGCUUCAAGAGAUCCACAUCGAUUUCUGGUAAGAUGUCAUGCUGAAAAUAAGGGGUGGCCGAAUUUAGCUACAUAUGACAAUUACACUACAAUCUCACUUGUUGGCGAAUUGGAGAUUCCCGUUGGUUUGAAAUGCCCAAAACUUGAGCUUCUACAGACGAUAAAAGGAAGUUUUUCAGAAGAUGGCAUGGACAUCAUUUGUGAUGCGAUGAAAGAACUGAAGGUUUUAGCUUUGGUGGAAAUGGAAGGCCUAGACUCAUUAAGUUCACUAGGAGUACCGAAGAACCUGCGGACAUUGUGCUUAGAUGGGUCUAAAUUUGAUGGCAUGUAUACUGAUGUUAUUGGGAGUUUGGAGAAUUUAGAAAUCCUCAGCUUUCGGGAUUGUCGUUCCAUGCAUGAGUUGCCGAGGGAAAUUGGUCGACUUAAACAGUUAAGGUUGUUAGAUACGACAAACUGCAGGAAACUUAAGGUGAUUCCACAUGGUAUCUUCUCCAGCUUAUGUAGACUUGAAGAGUUGUAUAUGCUUGAUAGCUUUGGUGAAUGGGAAAUUGGAACAGGAAGAGAAGAGAAGGGGAUGGCAAGCAUUUCUGAGGUGAUGUCUCUGUCUGAUCAUUUGAAGGUUCUAGCCAUAGAGAUACCCAGUGUCAUCCACUUGUUGCCAAAAGACAUAGUCUUGAAAAGCCCAACAAUAAAAUUCUAUAUACACUUAGGAUGUGACAAUGUAGUUCCUGAGAAGAUGACACUGGAAAAUUGUUUGGCGAUUUAUGGAAGUGAUGCAAUGGAGUUGAAGGAGAGUCAAGCAGUUAGACUUCUGUUGAAAAAAUCUAAAAUUUUGAUUUUGGACAGUGUUAAGAAUUUCUCUGUCCUCAUUGAUUCAGACCAAGAUGGAUUUCAAGAUUUGAAACUUUUGCAUCUUAAUAAUUGUCCAAAUACCAAGUAUCUUGCAAAUAGAACAAGUGCGACCCAGCAGACACUCUUUCCUCGCAUACAGUCAGUUAGUCAGUUCCCGGAUAACUUUUUGUCCAACCUAAGAUUCCUUUAUUUGGGAAAUUGUGAUGUCUUAAAAUAUGUCUUUUCACUAUCAAUAGCGAGAAACUUGGUACAACUCAAGGAAUUAAGUAUUGAUGAAUGUGAUGAAAUGGAAGAAAUUGUGUCGAAGCAGGGGAGGGAACAUGAGGAGGAAGCCAAUAUGAUAUCUUUCCAUAAUUUAACCAAUUUGACUCUUAAGGGUCUAGAGAGUUUGGUCGGUUUCUUCCGAGCCAACACGCUAUGCUCCAACCCAAAGGAAACAACGCCAAGGCUUGGGCAUCAAUCUGCAGGAAUAUUUGAAAAAGCAAUAUUUCCAUCAAAGUGCAUUUCAUGGUUCCCAAGUUUGGAAAAGGUAAAAUUGGAGGAUAUGAAGUUUGACGGCGUGCUAUUUGAUCUGAAAAUCCAUAUAGUUAUGGAUGGGCAGACAACUCCAACAUUUCCCCAUUUACGUAAGUUGAAGAUACUCAAUUGUACGUAUACACACUUGUGGAAAAACAUUCCGUCUAGAUUUCAAGGCUUCCAAAAUUUGAGACAUUUGGGAUUGAGAAAAUGUUCUGGUCUAAAAUAUGUGUUCUCGCAUUUAAUUGCCCGAGAACUUUUGAAUCUUGAAGAGAUAGAGAUAUCAACAUGUCCGGACAUGGAAACUAUAGUCAGAAUCCCAAAGGAAAAUGAAGAUGAGGCAACAAAAGACAUGAUUUUGUUUCCGAAACUGUCCACAUUUGAACUAGUAGACCUGCCUCUUCUCACAAGUCUUUGUUCCGAAGGAUCUACAUUUCUAUGGUCAUCCACAAAAAAUAUGCACGUGGAAAAAUGUGAAAAAUUGAAGACAUUGUGUGCUGUAAUUCCACAAAGAAAGAAGUUGGAGAAUAAGUCUGAGAAGGAUUCAACAAGUCACGAUUUCAGCACUUCUCCAUCAAAUUGGUGUCCUGCUGGAUGUGGAUGCACACCAUAUUCAAGACCAAACGCCCACCGCUCCAUUGAAAUAUUGCCACGUCCAAUUAAUCUGGAGGUUACACCAACCAAUCUUGAGGACUCAAAUGAUUAUGAUAAUCUCGAAAUUCUUACUGUACGUGAUUGUAAUUCAAUGGAAGUGAUUUUCCACCUAAAGGGACCGAAGCAUGAUAAAAGUAGUCACUCCUUUGAAGGAUUCAAUAAAUUGAGGUCCUUGUGGUUAUAUAAGUUGCCAAGUUUAACACGUGUUUGGGAAACGGGUAGUUCACAACAGAUGUUCACAGGAAGCAGCUUCGGAAACUUGAAAUCAUUGAAGGUCAAUUGUUGCAACCAGUUGAAAUACUUGUUUUCUUCGUCCAUAGUCAAACUUCUUGUGAGUGUAGAGGACAUAAAAGUUGAGAAGUGUGAGCAGAUGGAAGAAAUCGUUGCCGCAGAAGAAGAAACAGCUGAAAUAAUUACAUUACCUAAAGUGAAGUCCAUCAAGCUUAAAAGGCUGCCAAAACUCAAGUAUUUUUGUGGUGAAGCUUAUACUUUGAAGUUGCCGUCUUUGGAGUUAUUGAAGGUUAUUAAGGUCCAAAACUUAAAGCUAUUUGCUCCUAAGCUUGUUGACACACAUCCCCGAUUGCAAGUACGCACCGCGUUGGGAGUAGCUGAAUGGAUGGAGGACCUCAAUGCCACUUUAAGGAACAGUUACGUUCUGGUUGAUAAUUUACAGAAGGAUAACGAUGACGAAUUGUACAGUGAGGAUGAAAAUGAAGAUGACGAACUCUAUGGUUACAUGAAGAUGACUAACACAAUUGAUUGAUCAAGCACAAAGGACAAGAGUUUACAGAACGUUGUGUACAAGCCAAUAAAAGGUCAUUUGUUGACCAGAAUUUCAUUCCAAAAUACUAUUUAAAUUGCUUAUUUGAUGUAUUAUAAAUUUCGAUUGUGAUUAUUACUGUUUGUUUCUAAACUAGCGUUUGCUUAUUUGUUAUGAUAAUUUGGAAAGGUUGUCUCUAGCUACCAAUAUUUGCAUUUCAAUUUAUAAUGCUAAAAGUUCUGUAAUA